CUCGGGUGGAAACACAAAAACACUCCGGGAUGGAUUUCUGCACGACGUGAACGCCGAUGAGAAAAACAGCUGCCACACAAAGGAAAUAGGACAUCAGCCAGAAUGUCGGGGAUGGACGUAUCGUCGGUGGACCGCAAUGACACGGGAAUCCCUCCGAUAGACGACGCCACCUUCCUCCGCUUCUCGCCGACCUCGGCUCACGCGUCGGCGGCCGCCCCGUCGCCGGGUCGCCAGGGCAACAUUUAUGUUUACGUGUGGCUCUUCCUCGGCCUGCUGGUGUUCCUGCUGACGCUGCUCAUCAUCUCCCUCCACCGGCUGAAGAACAUCAUCUCCUCCUCUUCGUCCGUCCCCGACUGCAGCAGCGAGGGCGGCAGCUCCUUCACCAACAUGGAGAUCUGUAGCAUCUCGUCGUCUCACAGGUCCACCGUCUCCUCGCUGUCCACCUGAGGGAGGCGCGUGGGCGUAUGAGCGAUGCCCACGUGGCCUAGCACCUCCAUAUGUGACAAAUCAAUUUUAAAAAAACACGUUGUCAGCUCCAAGGAAGGGGACAGCUUAUCUCUUCGUACAAUUUCCAUAAGGUGUGAAUAAAGCUCAGGCGUGAUGGAGAGGGUCUCGAGGAGUGAGACUGACUGAACCUUUAUUUCAACAACGAAGAAAAACAAACCUGAGGAACCAUUUUUUCUUUUCUUUCAGCAGACCUAUAAUCUUCAUUUUUGUAAAAAAUGAAUUUCUCGCCGUUUACUUGUUUCAUAUUUACUGUGGAACAAUGAUAUAUCUUACAGGCGUGUACAGCAUGUCUCAUAAUGUAUGUGUCAGAAUAACACAAUAUUAUUUAAAGACCAUUGCUGUGGACAGGAAUGCAUGAUUGUGUCUCAGCUGUGGGAUGCUGUAAACAUUUGUGUUACCAAAAUAAAAGCUGAGGUAUCAUAUACAGGACUGUCUCAGAAAAUUAGA